AGGGCAAUUAUUUGACUUGUACUAAUACCCUGGAAAGCAGCGGCAUGUGCAUGUGGGGUAGGGAGAAAAUGCCCCGAGAGCGGACGCAGGAUGACUCCAUCGAAGACAUCCGAAGGGCGCGGCAGUUGAUUCCGGGCCGAAGAACCAUCCUUGAUGCGACACGGACUUUGUUAUAAGGGAAGCACGCCAUGAAACAUAUCGCCAUGCACAGAUCUCGUAUACCAGCGUCAUAUCCAAGGCAUAGCCACAACUCAAGUCAGUUCUACACUGCGUUUGUAUAGCUACAUAGAGCCUUUUCUUGCCGCAUGCUGACCCCGACAACGGACCUCAAAACGGACCUAGGUGGUGAAAGUCGCGACCCAACGCCUAUACUCUUUCGAGGUACACACUACUAUGCCGCAUGCACAGCCAAAACAGUUGUGCUCUGGGCGCUCGCAGUCGCACUCCGGGUCAGGCUAUUCCUCGGCCUCGGGCUUGGGUUCCGGGUCGGGGCUUGGCUCCGGUGGGUUGUUCUGCCGGGACAAGAGCGUGCUGUACGAGUAGCCCCAUUUGACACACCCCGGCGACCGCGAAGUGUGGCUCUAGGUGCCCUCGUCCAUGCUGGCGAUGCCCGGUCUAAACUCGUCGAACGAUCCGGCCAGCUGGUCGAGCUGCGAGUCUCGGCCGCCCCAUUGGUCAGGUCGCCCGAGAUGACGAUGAAGGAAGGUAGUGGCACCUCCGCGCGGCAGAGACGUUGCAGCUUUAGCCUCGGGACGCCCAUGAUUCUCCAGCCGGCGCGAGCUCAGAGUGCUCAGGCCACGGAGGCAGAACUUAGCGAGCAUACUGGGUUGUUCUCUGAGUAAAGUUAGGUCUUGACGUAUCAGAAGGAGCUUGGGGUUGAUGG